AUGGACUGUGGUUUAGAAAUCAGUGUUUUAGUUCGUCACGUUUCUUAUACGCUGUGGACUAACAACUUAUCUUUGCACUUUCCAGGAAGGUACCUAGAUGGAUCUAUAAAAAACACAAAUAAUGGUAAUGAAAUUUAUCACACACUUUCUUGCUCAAAUCGUUAUCGUAUUAAUGAUGUAAUCAAUCUAAGUGUGGAGGAGAAAAAUCAACUGAUCAAUGAAUGGAAACCCGAUAGUUUGGUUCCGAAAGAUUGGGAACCAUCAAAAUAUCUAUUAAAACAAUUCCACAGAUGUGCUAAUGGUCCUCUUGGCAAAUAUGUCAAUUUCAAUUUAGAAGUGGAAGAGUUUGGAGCUACUGAAAACAAUGUUAGUAAGAAUCAUCUUAAUUUCGCAACAUUAAAUUUCUUAAACUUUGUUGGGGAUUCGGAUUUGUCUAAUGUCGCUACUGAGCAGCUGAAAAAAUAUGGUGUUGGAUCAUGUGGACCAAGAGGAUUCUAUGGUACUUUUGAUGUUCAUCUUGAAUUGGAAAAUAAGUUGGCUGAAUUCCUCGGUGUUGAAAAAGCAGUAAUUUAUUCUUAUGGAGCAGCUACAUUUUCUAGUGCUAUCCCAUCCUAUUCCAAACGAACUGAUGUAAUAUUUGCGGAUGAAGGUAUCAACCAUGCUACGUAUCUAGGCUUAGUGGCAUCUAGAAGUCAUGUUCGAUUUUUCCGUCAUAAUGAUAUGGAACAUUUGGAACAAUUACUGAUAGCACAGGCAAAAAGAGAUAAAGAAGAUCCUAAGCGUGCAUUACUAACUCGCCGAUUUUUUGUUGUUGAAGGUAUUUAUUUCAAUUCUGGAGAAAUUUGUCCCUUAUCUGAGCUUAUUGCUUUAAAAUAUAAAUACAAAGUUCGCAUUUUGUUAGAUGAGACCAUUUCUUUUGGAGUAUUAGGUAAGACUGGUAGGGGUGUAACGGAAUAUUUUGGUGUUAAUAUAGAAGACAUUGACUUAAUCUCAGGUUCGUUGGAAACUGCUUUAGGGGUAUGUGGAGGAUUUUGUGCUGGAUCGCAGUAUGUUGUUGGUCAUCAAGAACUCUCUGGACAAGCAUAUUGUUUUUCAGCUUCUCUACCACCAAUGUUAGCUAAAGCUGCAUGUACAGCAAUUUCUAAACUGCAAUCGCCUAAGGAAAAUGGCAAACGUAAUCAACGGUUAUUGGAAUUAUCCAGAUUAACUGACAAUUUGUUUCAUUCGAACAGCAAGUUAACCAGUAUUUGGAAACUAUAUGGUCAUCCGGAUAGUCCGUUAAAACACUUAAGAUUCAGAGAAAAUAAUACUUUAGGUAAACUUGAGGCUGUUGUCCAAACUGCUUUUGAUUGGACUGAUGAGCGAAAUUUGAAAGCACCUCCUUUAUUGUUGACAGUAUCAAGAUAUACGUAUAGUAUAAAUUUCCCUGCUCCACCUCCAAGUAUUCGUAUUGCAUUGAAUUGUGAUUUAACUAAUGAAGAAUUGCGUCAUCUAUUCUAUGUUCUUUCUUCAAUAGUUCCUGCAUGA